AUUUUAUGGACGAAGAAGAUUUAGAGGAAUUUGGUCCAAAUAAACAACUUGUCGCUACCGAAGAAUUUGAUUCCUUAGGUUCAACAGAACGUGAUUUAGAAAAAAAACGAGCUCUGGCAAGUUCUAUGGAUGCAA